ACCAGAUGCUUCAUAAAUUCUACACUGCCAUGCGGCAGCCAAAUUUGAAAGGGAAAAGCCUCGGAGAGGACACACCACAUCGCUGACCGAAGCUUUGCAACUCGUACCCUUUCAUCCUUCCCGAUUUUGCUGCCAUCUUUUUUUUUUUUUUUUAAUAAAGGGAUACAUGCCGCUACAGCCUAAAGAUAUCAUCAUGCAAUUGACCGGUCCUAGGUAUUCAGAAUCAAUAUACUAUACUUAGUUAUUUCCACUGGAGUACGGACUCGGGGUCUAUAUUUCAACAGUUCAGGGGUGUACGAAUUGAGCUCGGCCAGCCAGUUGCUGCCAUCUUUCAUGCAGUGGAAUGCUGUCAAAGAGAAAAAAGCUGCGAAGAGGACGCCAGAUCGAGGACCAGAAGCUCACAAAUCCUACGCUUUCUCCUCCCUCCUCCAUGAUGUCAUCACCAGAAACAGCCUCGGUCAUCGCUCGCCCCCGUCUCGUCCUUAACAGCGGCAUAGAUGGUGGCGCUUUGACAUCUGAUUCGACCGAUGAAGGAGCUUGGGCCCGUGAAGAUAUCGACGGUUGAGAUUGUUUCUUCGAUGCUCCAGACUGUGGUGGUGGCUGCACGUCGCUGCUCUCAGAUGGCGGUGCUUUGUUGCCGGGUUGUUCGGAUACUGGUNGGCGGUGCUUUGUUGCCGGGUUGUUCGGAUACUGGUGGCGGGCGCUGCGACGGUAGAGAUUGUUUCUUCGAUGCUCCAGACUGUGGUGGUGGCUGGUCGUCGCUGCUCUCAGAUGGCGGUGCUUUGUCGCCGGGUUGUUCGGAUGCUGGCGGCGGGUGCUGCAGUGCUGGAGUAGCCCUCCUUCCAUCAGAUGACGCCGCUUCCGCUGACGAAGAUGAGUUGCAAUCGACUCCGAGGAUCGAAUGCAUCCGCGGAUCUUUCGCUGCCGUUGCUGGACACGUCAGUAUGUUGCCUGCAAGACUGACGGAUGCGUAUUUUGGAAUUGCAUCUGGGAGAAGAAAGCCGGGUAUCUCGCCGGAAAGCCGAUUGCUGCUCAGAUUGAAGAUGAAUGGCAAACUUGCAUCCCAUGAUGGUUGGGACUUGUCAAAUACCCUCAGGUUGCUCAGGCUCUCAGGAAUGAGACCACUGAGCUGAUUGUCCGACAAAUCAAUCUGAACAAGGUGGCUGCAGAGCAAGCAUCAGAUAGGAAAAUGCAACAGAGAAAAUACCAGUCAGAUAAGGCAGAGAUAAAUGCAGGCACCAGUU